AUGGCGUCCAGAUUCUCGGAUGCCGUGACGGCGGUGAAUGACUGCGUAGGGAAGACUACAAAUCUCCCAGGGAUUGGUGACAUUCCGACCCCCUUCCUGAACGUUGUUUGGCAAGGAGGCGUUCCGUGGUGUGCCCCAACAUACGUAGUAAGUACGGCGAGUGCAGUCGUCGGUGCGUUCCAGUACAUAACAGGAGGACGGAUGCUUGAUGACCUCAUCAUUGUGGGCGAUAGCCUCUUGACUAAACUCCAGCAGAGGCUGGAGGCAGUGUUCUGUGACGGCGGCGACGUCACCAUAAACUUGGGAGCCGAACUCUCGAUGUCGUACUUUGUGCUUGGAAUCACGGUUGCGGCUGGAUGUGAGGAAGGCCAUUUCAACGCUCAUGUAAUUGGCUUUGCCACGGGCAGAAUUCCGAUCCUCUCGACGCCGUUUAAUCCAGUGCCCAUGGUCGAUGGAGUGUUCAGCAUUAAGUGUGACAAGGGGCCGAAUCCUCCGAGCUGGUCGUAUUGGGGGUCUGCUCUUGGCGCUAUGCUUGCGCUUGGCCCUUUCAAGGCUGCCGUGUCUCUGCCGCUCUGGCCAGAAUUCAGUCUCCAGCUUGGCUACACUUUCAAGGUGACCCUGAUUCCCCCGCCGCUGCGUCGAGCCCAAACAGCAGCCACCGAGCCAGAGCUGGAGGGGCCGAAGUCGGUGCUGCCCGUGCUAAAGUCUCUGUCCAGGGCCGUCUCCGACCCCGGCUUCGGGAGCGAGCUGCCAGACCCCAAGCCUAUUCUGGACGGGGUCCGCAACGGAUCGCUCCAGAGGGCCGAGCUCGACUGGGACCUCGGCGCCAGGAUCUUCAUCACCGUAACCAAGAACUUCUGUUUCACGUGCGACGAUUGGGGGGAGGAGCCUGCUUGGGUCACGGGCCUCGUCGGCAUGGCCACCCCGUACAUAUGCCAAAUGAGUGGGGCGAUGGCGGGAUCCUCCUGGGGUGCGCUGACUCGCGCCCAGUGCUUCGCCGCGGUGGCAGCUUGGGAGCAGAGCGGCAACUCUUGCGAGAUUUUGUAUACCGACGCGCCACACGACGGCAGCUUGGGAACCGCGUGUGCUUGCAUGCCUGACGACGCGAUGACGUCGGGGGUCUGUUCUGAACAGGCUGGAGCCAGGGCUAGUGAGGGGUCGUCCAACUUCCAGGUCUUCCGGAAUCAGAGAUACACCUGUGAGACUGGGAGCGGAAUCGCGUGCAAGAGCUGUGUCUCGCCACAAUCGCGAUUGGCGCAAGACCAUUGCGAGACCUGCAACGAUGGCUUUCAGCUGGCCGGCUACUCGUGUACGCCGGCCGGUCCGACGCCAAGCCCGACGCCAAGUCCGCCGACGCCCAGCCCGACGCCCAGCCCGACGCCCCGCCCAACGCCCAGCCCGACGCACAGCACCCCAUCUGGUCGGCCUGGUGCCUGGUCGCAGGCCGUGUGCAAGACUUAUUGCGGCGAUAAUGGGAACUCAGGGCCCAUGUUCCAGGCGCCAUCUGUGACGCCCGCGGGCGUGACCGGAAUGCAAUGGGCGCGUCAGCCGAACAACAAUGCUGAUGCAACUUACGGAUGCAUUGUCCGCAGCGUCGACGGCGGCGUGGGAAAUUUCUGGACAUCUGUGCUUUGGUACUCGACCGAGUGUUCGGCUGGAUCCGAUACCAAUUUCGGCUCCACGACCCCGGAGUCGCCAACGAACAUAGGUGAACUAUGGUAUGCGGUGCAUGGAUGUCCCAGCAAUGGUCACACUGAGGUAUGCGUGCGCGCCAGAUACUUCUUCCAGACGCCCAGCCCGACGCCCUACCCGACGUCGAGCCCGACGCCAAGUCCGCCGACGCCCAGCCCGACGCCCUACCCACCCGACCCGUCUGGUGGGUGCCAGACGUGGGACUUGAGUGGCUGGUAUGCCGGUACGUAUACUACGGUGUUGCAGCCAUGGAGUUCGCCGAAUGGGAAUGCCUGGACGUGGGCUCAGUGCGCAGCGGAAUGCGCUAUGUCUGCUACGUGCGAGUUCUGGACGCUGCAACUCAAUGGUGACCAGAAUUGCCUGUUAAUGUCUAACAUUGGCGACUAUAAGGACGUGGGGGGCCAUUAUUCAGGCGUGAAGAUGACAGGCUGCGCGCCGACACCCUCCCCGUCGCCCAACCCCACGCCCAGCCCCACGCCCAGCCCGACGCCCUACCCGACGCCAAGUCCGCCGACGCUCAGCCCGACGACAAGCCCGACGCCCAGCCCGACGUUAAGCCCGACGACGCCCAGCCUGACGCCAAGUCCGCCGACGCUCAGCCCGACGACAAGUCCGACGCCCAGCCCGACGUUAAGCCCGACGACGCCCAGCCCGACGCCCAGCCCGACGCCCAGCCCGACACCCAGCCCGACGACGCCAGGCCCGACGCCAAUUCCGACGCCCACUGUCAAGCAAGACAUACGGGUCGAGUAUACCUCGGAUGAAACUCUUCCAGAUGGCGUGACUGCGUCAGACCUCAUGGCUUCUACUGUCUAUACAGCGGCUAAGAUAUCCGGCUUUCGUAAGGCGCUAUUUGUGCCCAACUCUGUCGACGCUGCCAUUAUUGGGUUCGCCUUGGUUGGUCGUCGGAUUCCCGCGGAUGCCCGCCAGCGGUCGAGCAUAACAGUCUCUGUGAAGACCGCAAUCAAGGUGACCGUCCCCGACAUCAGCAUUGCCGCCAUCUUCUCUACCAAGAUUGGUGAAGCUGCUACCGCCAUCGCAGCCGAGACUGAGAGUGCAAUGGCUGCUGCUGACUGGAGCAGUGAACCGGUAUGGACUUCGGUCCCUACGGUGACGUCCCUCGUCGUGACCGCUGCCGCUGUGACUGCGGCGCCAGCUGGCGCUGCUGUCGCGGCCACAGGUGACCCGCACCUGCAGAACAUCUUCGGGCAGCGCUUCGACCUGAUGAGGGCUGGCAGACAUGUCCUGAUCCAGAUCCCGAGGGGCGCGGGCAGUGAGGGCACCCUGCUUCGCGUCGAGGCGGAAGCGGAGAGUCUCGGGACACAUUGCAGUGAGAUGUAUUUCCAAGAGGUGAACCUUACUGGCAAAUGGGUAGAAAGGAAGCAUCUCGGUGGCCUCCAGUUCCGCGCAGCGGACGACGUCACCGAGACGCCCAAGUGGUUGCGCUUUGGGAGCGUUGACCUCAAACUGGUGCACGGACGUACGCUGACUGGCGUCAGGUUCCUCAAUCUGUACGUCAAACGAUUGGGGAGCACAGGAAUAAGUGUCGGAGGUUUGCUGGGGAUGGACGAUCACAGCCAGGAAUCAACUCCGUCCACAGGCUGCAUCCGAGAACUGAAUCUGGUGAGGUCGCCUAGCUCGCCUAAUUCACGUGACGUUCCCGUCGCGGCCGCUGCACAGGAUUAG